UCACGAUUAUUUUUUUGAAAUCUGCUCGCUCAAAUUAUAUUGGCAAUGCUGAAUGAAGCCGACAGCCAUUGCUGCUCUAUACUCUAUGACGCUAACACAUUGUCAUUCAUUCCAAUCGCGCGCACACACACCACGUCGUGCAAAUAUCAGUAUCAUUCAAAGCGAAAUAACUUCAAAUUUUAUAUAAUUUUUAAGAAAAAGUAAGAAAAAUGCUGCCUAUUGAAAUUGACAAUGAUUAUGAGGGAAGCACGGCGGAUAUCUCUCUAGAAGAAGACAGAUUGGUCAUCGACAUCAGUUUUGAAGCGUCGGACAAUGGCGGGUUGAGUGAUGAUGCCGACCAUGAGUCUGAGGAACUAGAAAGCCCUGAAAGCCCUGAUCCUGAGGAUCAAAUUGGAUCAGAGUCUAGGUCUAUGACCUAUUACGAUGAUCGAAACAAUGAUGACUGGCGUAAUUGUGAUCUUAAUAAUAACGAAGAAAAUAAUAAAACUGAAGAUGAAGUUAUUGAGAGCUCGGAAGAAGAAACUGAGGCCAGUUCUGAGGAAUGGGAUAGUGAUUCAGAGGCUAUCAGGGAUAGUGAUGGCGGCUACGAAUUUAGUCAAGAUGAUCUCAACAUUGACGAUGACAGUAAUUCAGAGGUUAUCGGGUAUAAUGAUGGUGACGACGAGUCUGAGGGAAUGAGUGGAUCUGAAGACGAUGUCGAUGAGAACUCUGAGGAAGACGAAAUUGAGGAGCCCAUAAAAUGCAAAGUGGAAAGUGAACUGAACAGGGAUUCAUCCGAUGAAGAAGAGUCAGAAAAAGUGGGACAGAUACUGACACGAUUUUUCAAAGCAGCUAGGAAAAAAGCAAAAGCUAGUCCGAAGAAAAAUGACACCAGUGACAAGGACGCUUUUGACAAAUCUAGCGCCACUGUUACACUUGAAAUGCUGUACGCCACCCAGAAUAAACUGCUUGCUGCUAGGAUCUCUCUCAUUCGAAGGGAAAACAUUAUGCUUUAUGAGUUGCUAGCUGAUGCCGAACUCCGACACAAAAGAAAACGAAAACGCAAGGAAAUCGUGGCAGAGAAGCAACAGUAUAACUCAAAGCAUGUAAAGAGAAAAAAGCGAAAAUAGCAAUAAAUGUUUCCUAUUUAUUAAACACUGAAAA